AUGCUUGCCAGAAGUGUUACACGGUGUUUGUUUUUUGCAGGUUUUGUGUGUUUAACAAAAAAAUAUGAAUUUCUCAAGGGAAUUUGUGAAAAAUGCAUGUGUCCCUUUAAACUAACCCGCUUUGUUCUUUAAAAAAACUCUUUCCUUAUUAAUUUCAGGUUUCCUUAGAGUUAUAAGCUCUUCCACUUCUUCUUCUUUUCCAACUUCUUUUUCGUCCCCAUCAAGGACAUUUUUAGCAGCAAUAAUAGGUUUGUUUUCUCUUUGUUUUUUAUCAAAAAAAAAAAAAAAGUUUCGGCGCGUCAAAAAUCAAUUUUUUCCCGGACAUUUUUUUGUUGCAUGUUCUUUGUUUUGUGUUGCAAAAAAUGGAUUUUUGGCUUGAAAAUCCGGUUUUUCAUGGGAAAAUGCAGGCUUGCUUGUGUUUUCACAUGAAAAGUUGGGUUUUCAGGCUGAAAAUCAAGAUCUACACUGAAAAUUUCGAGUUUUCAUGGGAAAAUGCAGGCUUGCUUGUGUUUUCAGAUGAAAAACGGGAUAUUCGGGCUGAAAAUCAUGAAAAUAUUGAUUUUUCAUGGGAAAAUGCAGGUUUACUUGUGUUUUCAGAUGAAAAGUUGGGUUUUCAGGCUGAAAAUCAAGAUCUACACUGAAAAUUUCGAGUUUUCAUGGGAAAAUGCAGGCUUGCUUGUGUUUUCAAAUGAAAAACGGGAUAUUCGGACUAAAAAUCAUGAAAAUAUUGAUUUUUCAUAGGAAAAUUCAGGCUUGCUUGUGUUUUCAGAUGAAAAGUCGAGUUUUCAGGCUAAAAAUCAUGAAAAUUUCGAGUUUUCAUAGGAAAAUGCAGGCUUGCUUGUGUUUUCAGAUGAAAAGUUGGGUUUUCAGGCUGAAAAUCAAGAUCUACACUGAAAAUUUCGAGUUUUCAUAGGAAAAUGCAGGUUUACUUGUGUUUUCAGAUGAAAAGUUGGGUUUUCAGGCUGAAAAUCAAGCUCUACACUGAAAAUUUCGAGUUUUCAUGGGAAAAUGCAGGUUUACUUGUAUUUUCAGAUGAAAAACGGGAUAUUCGGGCUAAAUAUCACGAAAAUAUUGAUUUUUCAUGGGAAAAUGCAGGUUUACUUGUGUUUUCAGAUGAAAAGUUGGGUUUUCAGACUGAAAAUCAAGCUCUACACUGAAAAUUUCGAGUUUUCAAAUUAAAAACGCGAUUUUCGGGCUAAAAAUCAUGAUUUUCAGGGGCUUUUCGGUAUUAGCCUAUGAAAAACUAGAUUUUCAGUUCAAAAAUUAAAUUUUCCAACUCUAAAGCCCCUUGCUCAUAUUUUUGCAAAAUUUGAAAAAAAAUUCAAAUUUUGAAAAACCAAAUCCUAACCCAUUUUUCUUCAAAUAAAAAGCUUUUUCAAAAAAAAAAUGCUCCUCAUUUUACAUGCUUAACACGAAGGGUUAAUGAGAUGAGUAAAAAGAUGGCAAUUUUCUUAUUUGCUCAUUGAGCACAAAAAAACAACUCAAACGUAGAAAAAUCGAUUUUGUUGCUUUUUUGCUUGAUUUUCUGCUAGCUUCUCGUCUUCUUCUAAAAUUUAUCAAGCACAAACUAAUCCGGAUGUUUUUCAUUCUUUUUAUAAUAAUACUACUGCUAACCAAAAAAUAUAGAAAGAAAUAGAGUAAAAUCAAUUUUUUAGAUGAAAAUAGCUAUGACGUGGCAAAAAUUCUAUUUUAUUUGGAUUUUUGAGUAAAUGGAAUAGGGUAUCAGGUUUCUAGUUGUUUUUCAAGCUUUUUGAAAAAUUCGAAAAUAACUGAAAAUUCUUCCACGUCAUAAAUAUAAGUAUAGCUUUAAAAUAAAUAUUUUUGUAGUUAGAAAGCUUCUCAAAAAAUUCUCUCUAUAUAUUUUCCCCAUUUUUUCUGUGAUUAUUAAUAUUUCAUAAGGAUUUCCCUUGCCCUUUUUCAGCUUUUCAGUUUAUAAGCUGUUUUUCUUCUUCAGGGUCUUCACUUUCAUCUCGUUCACUUUGUUUUACAAACAAUUCGUCGUCGGACGAGGAAAAUUCACAAAGAGUUGGUUUUUUUUUGGGAAAUUGGCUCAAAAAUUGAAAAUUUUGUAAUAAAAUAUAUAGAAAAAAGUUUUGCCGGAUCUGAAAAUUUGAGUAAAAACCCAGAUUUUAUGGAUUUUCACUGAAAUUUUGAGAUCCCGCGCAGUGAAAUCUAUCGUCAAUUUUUUUUCGAGCAAAGCGAGUGUAAACCGCAAGCUUCCGCGUUAGCGGCACUAUCUUCCGCUUCAGCGGCCAUGUGGUUUAUGAUAGUGUAAGUGUCGCCACUUCAUAGUCAUCCGAAGCGGAACCUUCCGGUUUACACUCGCUCCGCUCGGAAAAUCGAUUUUCUCAUGCCGGAUCUGAAAAUUUCACUGAAAACCAAGAUUUUUUUUUGAGUUUUCACUGAAAUUUUGAGAUCCCGCGCAGGCAAAUCUAUCGCCAAUUUUUUUCGAGCGAAGCGAGUGUAAACCGCAAGCUUACGCGUUAGCGGCACUAUCUUCCGCUUCAGCGGCCAUGUGGUUUAUGAUACUGUAAGUUCGUCACGUCAUAGCCAUCCACGUGGCCGCUGACGCGGAAGCUUCCGGUUUACACUCGAUUUUCCCAUGCCGGAUCUGAAAAUUUCAGUGAAAACCAAGAUUUUUUUGAGUUUUCACUGAAAUUUUGAGAUCCCGCGCAGGCAAAUCUAUCGCCAAUUUUUGAAUUUAAAUUUAAAUAUCGAUUUUUCAAAUUUCAGAUGGGCUCAAUUUCUCAAGGAACUCCAUCAAUUGUUCAACCAAAAGGAGAGCACAAAGCUACUGUAAGUUUCUUCCCCUAACUCAAAAAAUCUAACCUGAAAUUAAUUUCAGGUGAUUUUCUUGCAUGGUUUGGGAGAUCAAGGACACGGUUGGGCUGAUGCUUUCAAAUCGGAAGUUCGAUUGGAUAACACUAAAGUUAUCUGUCCACACAGGUACUUAAAACUGAGAAUUUCAGAAAAAAUUGAAUAGGGGGACUAAAAUUCAUAGAAAACCCCAAAAUUUAUCUGAAAAUCUCAAAUUUUCAUAGGAAAAUUCAGGUUUACUUGCGUUUUCACAUGAAAAUUCGAAUUUUUCAGAUGAAUUUUGGCCCAAUAAAUAUCUGAAAUUGUCGUUUUCGUGUUGAAAAUAUGCUGGAAUUUCAGCCAUCAUAUUUUCAACAGGAAAUCGGCGGAGAUGCGGAAGCUAUGCCCAAAUUUUGGAUUUUUCUUGUGUAGUUCUCGAGGAGAACGUAGAGAAAUUCGAAGAUAAGGUUUUUGUAGUUCUCGAGAACAAGUUCUGAAAAAUGUUCCUUCUCGAGAACUACACAAGUUUCCAGAUUCCUCAAGUAAUGUUUUUUAGCGCUGAACGUUCAGUAACCCUAAACAUGGGAAUGCGUAUGCCAGCCUGGUAUGAUUUAUUCGGUUUGGAUGCCGCCGCACGAGAAGAUGAUUCUGGCAUUUCAGCCGCCGCACAAUACGUUCAUAGUUUGAUCGAUGCUGAAAUUGCAGCCGGUAUCCCAGCCAACAAAAUUAUUGUUGGCGGAUUUUCGAUGGGUGGAGCAUUGGCGAUUUAUUCCGGAUUGACUUAUUCGAAGACUUUGGGAGGAAUUGUUGGACUCAGUUCGUUCUUUUUGCAAAGAACUAAAUUCCCAGGGGUUAGUGAGUUAUGACGUGGCAGUUUUUAGAGCUUAUUAUCUUACAGUCCUACACCGCCAAUAAUUCCACAAAAAUCUUCUUGGGACAUGGUGCAGCCGAUUUCCUGGUUCCUCUUUCAAUUGGUCAAUUAUCCGAACAAUUAAUCAAGAAAUUCAAUCCAAACGUCGAAUUGCAUAUUUAUGGAUCAAUGGCACAUUCAUCGUGUCCACAAGAAAUGCGAGAACUUGCCGAAUUUAUCAAAAAUGCGGUUAUUCAAUAA